UGAAAUUCACCGCUAUUUCCGCCAUGUCGGUGAGACCUUGAACCUUUCCAAGGUCACUGCCUUCGAAACAAUAGUUACCGGAGCUACUUACAACACUGCUAAUAGAAAAUGGAACGUGAGCACGUCCGAUGGUCGUCAUGCUAAGGCAACGUAUCACAUUGUCGCCGCUUGGUUUUCCUCCAAGCGCCAUGUUCCCAACUUCAAAGGCUUGGACAAGUUCCAAGGCACUACUCUUCCUUCUGGCCGGCUGAAGGUGUCGACACAGCAGGAAAAAGAGUUGGGGUGAUUGAUACGGGAGCAUCUGGUGUGCAAGUUGUCCAGGAAAUAGGUGCUGAUGCCCAAAACCUCUGUAUUUUCAACCGCACUCCAAACUUAGCACUUUCUAUGCGUCGCAAGAUUCUGUGCCCAGAGGAGCAAAAAAAUGGAAAGGGAAAAUACCCCCAGAUUUAUGAUCUUCGAGAGCGCUGUUUUGGUGGGUUUGCUUAUGAAUGGGAUGAUCUUAAUACGCUCUCAAAUACACCCGAAGAGCGAGAAGCAUUCUGGGAGUCUCUUUGUGAGGAAGGCGGAUUCCGAUUCUGGCUUGGUAACUACAAAGAUUAUCUUUCCUGCAAGGAAGCCAACCGGGCGGUCUAUGAUUUUUGGCACACGAAGCAAUCCACACGCGUCACGGAUCCAAAGAAGAGGGCCCUUCUUUCUCCAGAAGAGCCCCCUCACCCGUUCAGGGUCAAACGUCCAUGCCUUGAGCAAAACUACUACGAAGUUCUUGAUCUACCACAUGUGGAGCUGGUUGAUGUGGGCGAUGAAAGCGGCCAUACGACUACUAUUAUGUACAGGUC